AUUAGCAUGCUUGCCUGCAGAAGGUGACGUAGAAACCGGUAGGGAAAGUGAAUGUUUGGAGGUGAAAGGCGGCUAUGGCAAACGCUGGUUGGGUUGAACCUGUCCUUCUCAGUUACCGCCAUCCAGCUGCAUUUACCUUUUGCUACCGUUAACUUAACCACCAUCUCGGAAAAGACUCCUUACCGAAAUUGGGAAUAUCGGAGUGGUGUUCGGCGUGGUCAUACCAACUUUACUGUCCAUGUUCAACGUCGUUGGAAUUGGAUAUAUAGUGGGUCAAGCAAGGCUGUACCAGUCCAUUGCCAUGUUCCUGGUGGCCUACUUUAUCAUCACAAUGACUGUGUGUGCCAUCUCCACCAAUGGUGCCUACUAGGUUACAGUUUCUUGGGAGAUAUCAAUGGCCAUCCCUGGUGACAAUUGGGAUUUAGUCAUUCUCCAUUACUGACCUGACAAGAGCCUCCAGGAUCCUGUAUGCUCUGUCCAAAGACGACCUGUUUGGUUAUGAUCAGGGCUAAACGGUUGAUCCAGAGUAUAUGAAAGCAUCCAACUCCAACUGGUCGUCUUCUAUAAAGCUGAGUGAACAUUUUAAUAAUCAGCCAUCUGUUGGAAGAGGCCUCCAUCUCAAAUGUGGUGUCCUGACUCUGGUGAGGAAUACAUCUGGGGGUGGGAACCUCUGGGUGUCAGUGCUUAUCUCCUGGUUGCUUGUACAGAUCAAACUUUGAUUCUCUCCAGCACCACCCUUGUGAAAAUGGGGUGAUUGUGUUCUUUCCUCAUCUGUUUAACUAACCUGGAAAAAACCCAGGGCAACGCUCCUCCUAAUGUCAGACGAUUCAGACUCCAAGCCCUACCGCUUCCCUGUGCUAGAGGAUGAGGAUGGAGUCUCGGGGUGCAGAGUGUCCACCUCAUGCAGCUCCACGCCAAGGGGGGUCUCAGGGUGCAGCUCCAUGGCACAGCUGCACCGAAUGGGUGGCUACAGCCAAGGUGGGCCUGACCUAGGCCUCCCCUCAGAGGGUAGCGACAGCAGCGGUCAGGACCCUGCUGCCUCACCGCACAGCCAUCGCAAGAAUGCCCGCUCCCGAUCGCACCCCGAUGAGGACGUGGAGAUGAAGAGCAGUGGGUCCAGCGGGAGUGGAACCGAAUCGCACAGCAAUGAGAGCAACGGCAACGAGAGUCAUGGCAAUGAGAGCCACGGCCAUGAGUCAGUAGGCAGCUCCAAUGGCAACAGUAAAGACUCGGCCCUGCUGGAGUCUUCUGAAAGCAACAAGAGCUCGAACUCCCACAGUCCGUCUCCUCCCAGCAGCUCAAACGCCUUCAGUCUGCUGAGCUCAGAGCAGGACAACCCGUCAACCAGCGGCUGCAGUAGUCAGGAAUCCGCCAAAGCCAAGACCCAGAAAGAGGUGAUUAAAACUCUGAAAGAGUUGAAGCGUCACCUGCCCGCUGAGAAGAGACACAGUAACAAGUCCACCACAUUGAACACCCUCAAGUACGCACUUCGCUGUGUCAAACAGGUGGAAGCCAAUGAGGAGUAUUACCAGCUGCUGAUGAUCAAUGACAGUCAACCUUCAGGCCUGGAUGUAUCCUCUUAUACGAUAGAGGAGAUAGACAGCAUCACUUCUGAAUACACCCUCAAAAACAACGACAUUUUUGCAGUAGCAGUGUCGCUCAACACAGGAAGGAUAGUCUACAUUUCUGAUCAGGCUGCCUCCAUCCUCAACUGCAAAAGAGACGUGUUCAAGAACACCAAGUUUGUGGAGUUCCUGACGCCGCAAGAUGUUAGUGUGUUCUACAGCUUCACUACGCCUUACCGCCUGCCCUCCUGGAGCAUGUGCACUGGAGCAGAGUCAUCCCCGUCUGACUGCAUGCAGGAGAAGUCCUUCUUCUGUCGUAUCAGUGGUGGUAAGAAGUGUGAGGGCGAUCUGCAGUACUAUCCGUUCCGCAUGACACCCUACCUGAUGAAGGUCCAAGACACAGUACAUGCUGAAGACCAGUUCUGCUGCCUCCUACUGGCAGAGAGAGUUCACUCUGGUUAUGAUGCACCCAGAAUUCCAACAGACAAACGCAUCUUCACCACCACACACACUCCGAGUUGUGUGUUUCAGGAUGUGGAUGAGAGAGCGGUCCCUCUCCUCGGGUACCUCCCCCAGGACCUGAUUGGCACCCCAGUCCUCCUCCAUCUGCAUCCCAAUGACCGACCGAUUAUGUUGGCCAUUCACAGGAAGAUUCUUCAAUAUGCAGGGCAACCAUUUGACCACUCGUCCAUCCGGUUCUGUGCGCGAAAUGGAGAAUACAUCAUUCUUGAUACCAGCUGGUCCAGUUUCGUCAACCCCUGGAGCCGCAAAGUCUCCUUUGUUAUCGGGAGACACAAAGUGCGCAUGGGCCCCGUGAAUGAAGAUGUGUUUGUGUCCCCGGCCUCCCCUGUCAGUGAGAUGAAGACCAUGGACUCUGACAUCCAGGAGGUUACUGAGCAGAUCCAUCGGCUCCUGCUACAGCCGGUUCAUAACAGUGGAUCCAGCGGUUAUGGUAGUCUGAACAGAAACGACCACCUUUUGGGCAUGACCUCCUCUAGCGAGAGCCUUGACAAUGGCAGCAGGAGCAAGACGCGACAGGAGGAGGAGGAAGUGAGCGGCAAAGCCAGACCACGAACCUUUCAGGAAAUCUGUAAGGGAGUUCACCUUCAGAAGUGCCAGGAGCAGCACACAACCAAACAAGACAACAAGAAAAGCAAUGGCAUAGAGUUUGUACAGAAGAGCCCAGCGGUGGUGCGGCCCAAAGAAUCAGCAACUCCUCUCAGCUGUAGGGAGGCCGGUGGCGCUAUGGAGGAGAGUCGGCCCUCUUUCCAGGAGGAGAUGGCCGUCAAUGAUCAGACAGUCUACUCCUACCAGCAGAUCAGCUGUCUGGACAGUGUUGUCAGGUACUUGGAGAGCUAUAAUGUUCCCAUCACCAUGAAGAGGAAGUGCCAGUCUUCCUCUAACACCACUUCCUCUAACUCUGAUGAUGACAAACAGAAAGGAUCUAACAGCAUGCAGGUAUCUGAAGAACCACCGUUGUUGAAGGAUCAGUCUGAUCUCUCCGCUUUGGAUGUUCGAGACAAAAAGUCCAGUGACGCGGCCACAGCAGUAGUGGGCACUUCGCUGCCCCUACCUGUACCUAACAAACCAGAAAGCGUGGUGUCCAUAACCAGCCAGUGUAGCUACAGUAGCACCAUAGUGCAUGUUGGGGACAAGAAACCUCAACCAGAGUCAGAGAUCAUAGAGGAUGUCCCGGGAACAGGAGAGACUGCAGAAUCCAGCCAGAACCUCUGGGCUCAUCCUUAUGCUGUUUCGGCUCCCAGUCAGGAAAGGGAGUCCUACAAGAAACUGGGACUGACCAAGCAGGUUUUGGCAGCCCAUACGCAGAAGGAGGAGCAGGCUUUUCUGCAUCGCUUCAGAGAGCUUCGCGGACUCUCAGAAAUCAAAGCAAACUGCUCGCAGUACCUAGAGCGCCAGAGAGGACAGCUUGCCAGCAAUGCUGUACCUGCUGCUCGAUCCUGCAAGCAGGGUGGACGGUGCGUAGAGCCUACCACGCGGCGUGGCACACGGAACAAGAAGACCAAAUCAAAGCGAGCGAAGCAGACAGAGUCCUCAGACAGCACAGUAUCCCAUCACAGACAACAGCUGAAGCCUCCACUUCUAAGCCACGGCCUUAAUCCGACCUCUUGGUCUCUCUCUGACACCUCGCAGUCAACUUUUGCCAUGGCCUACCCCUCUGUGAUGCCAGGCUAUCCCCUACAGGUUUACCCCAGAGCCAAUUCCGUAGCUCCUGGCACAGACGCCACUCUGCCUGGGUUUAGGGACAACCAGCCCCCCCAGGCCCCUCCCUGCCUGCCAUCCAUACAUCCUGCUCCCUACAAUGCUCCCAUGGUCACCCCCAUUGUGGCUCUAGUUCUGCCCAACUACAUGUACCCUCCAAUGGUACCUGGGCCGCCACAACCACAGCCAGUGUACUAUGCAGAGACUGGUGGCUUUCCCACCCAAACGCAGCCUUUGUGUCAGGCUACCUUUCCAGGCCAGGUCCCCUUCCCAGCCCCACCUUCCUUCAACUCACAGAACCACUUUGCUCCUCAAGGAGGCUUCCCGACCCCGUCAUUCUACUUCCCUCCAUCCUCUGCAACCCCAAAGGCCCCCAUGGAGGGCCAGUCUCGCUCCUCUACGCCACAGUCUGGAGGAGGCCUGGCAUCCCCACCCCUGUUCCAGUCUCGCUGCAGCUCACCCCUCAACCUGCUGGAGCUGGAGCUGUCUGUGGACAGACAGGAUAGCGCAGUGCUGCCCGCUGGAAUACACGGGAAUAAUACGGUUGAAUGGGAGAAAGGGGCAAGUGGCAACCAGGCCAAGGAGAGGGAGCUGAAGCAGCCAUCUCUCAAUCUCCCUGGUCCAUCUGGACCCUUGUAUUGCGAGGGUACGUCCUGUGUCUGUGAGCGUUUGUCUUGGCAUAAAUGGGGCUCUAGGCUGAGGGCUUGCAGCAAAGAGGCAAGCUCACAUGGCGACGGGAACAACAGUGAUGCCAACUCUUCAUCCAGCGACAUGUUGGACAUUAUUCUCCAUGAGGACUCCUGCUCAGGCACUGGCUCAGCCACUUCGGGGUCUAUGGGCUCAGGGUCCAACGGCUGUGGAACUUCAGCCAGCGGGACAUCCAACAGCGGGACAUCUAAGAGCAGGACGUCAGCCAGCGGAGCCUCGGCUAGUGGGACCUCUGGCAGUGCAACAGGAAGCAACAGUAGUAGUAAUUACUUUGGCAGCGUGGACUCGUCCCAGUACAGCCAGAAGGCCAGUGGUCACUUGAACAGCAGCAAGGGAAGGCCAGUGGAGAUGGAGCAGAGCAAAUACAUCUUAAAAAAUGUACUGCAGGACCCGCUGUGGCUGCUCAUGGCUAACACAGAUGACAAGGUCAUGAUGACCUACCGGCUGCCUUCGCGUGACAUACAGAAAGUGCUCAGAGAGGAUAGAGAGAAGCUGAGGCUGCUGCAGAAGAGCCAGCCGCGCUUCUCAGAGGUGCAGAAGAAGGAGCUGAUGGAGGUCCACCCCUGGAUCAAGAAGGGAGGUCUGCCCAAAGCGAUAGACAUCAAG